AGUACACUAGGACGGCUGAAGGCCCAACACGCGCAACUCGCAAAUAAGACCCAUUUAAGCAUUUAUCAUCGAUCUAUCAUCGAUUCUUGCAGUUGCUGCGGCUGCAGUCAUUUUUCGGCUCGCGCAACGACCUCUGCAGGACAUACAGCCUCCCACGCUGUCAUACAGCCUCCCACGCUCGCGAGCAGCUCACUCGCAACAGCCUCAGCCCUGGAGCAGGGACAGCACACAUCCCUCCCACGCCGCCGAGCAGCAAAUGGCAACAUUAAUCAGCGAAUUUGACGACCCGCCUGGCGCCGCAAAACGCCCGGAGGAACCUCCAGCUGUGGACCUCGCCGCCGCGGCGGCGACCGGCGACGUCGAGGCGCUGCGGCGCGCGUUCGAGGCGCAGCUCGCGGCGCAAGAGCAGCGCCACGCGGCGGAGCUGCGCGCGGCGGCGCUCGGCGACGCCAAGGUUCCGCUCCUCGGCGCGACGAAACGGCUGCUCGCCGAGGCCGACGCGAUGCGCGCGUCGCGGAAUCGAGGGGACGAGGACGAGGACGUCUUCGCCGGUCCGACGAACGACGACGGCGCGCCACCGGCCGACGUGGCGCGCGCCAUCGCCGCGGCGCGCGCGCUGCCGGAGCACCGCCGCCACGACGCGUACGCCGUCGACCUCUGCCUGGCGGAGCACGCGUGGGCGGCGCAGGACUGGGGCCGCGCGCGCGUGGCCUGUCGACGCGUUUUGCGGGCGGCCGAACGGGUCUGUACGAAGAAGCCGCCGCCGAAAGACGCCGUAGCCGUGCUCGAGCGGGCACGCGCGGACCGCGGCCGCGUCGCCGCCGGCGACGUGAACUCGCUCGACGCCGCGCUGUCGAACGGCGACUUCGAGCUCGCGUCUUUGCUGGCGGAGCAGAUUUCGGCGCGGCUCGACCCUCCUGACGAUUGCCCAGGCGAGGAUUCGUGGGUCUAG